GCAACAAUGUCCGCUGAGAAAGAGAGAGAGACCCAGGUUUACUUGGCCAAGCUUGCUGAGCAGGCCGAGAGAUAUGAAGAAAUGGUUGAAUGUAUGAAGAAAGUAGCAAAACUUGAUCUUGAGCUCACUGUGGAAGAGAGGAACCUCCUCUCGGUGGGAUAUAAAAAUGUUAUUGGUGCACGGAGAGCCUCUUGGCGCAUUAUGUCCUCAAUUGAGCAGAAGGAAGAGGCUAAGGGAAAUGAACAUAAUGUUAAACUGAUCAAGAGUUACUGCCAAAAGGUUGAGGAGGAACUGUCCAAAAUUUGCGGUGACAUUCUGACAAUUAUAGACCAGCAUCUCGUUCCUUCUUCCACCUCAGCAGAAGCUAAUGUUUUCUACUGUAAGAUGAAAGGUGAUUAUUUCCGGUAUCUUGCAGAGUUCAAGACCGACCAAGAAAGGAAAGAGGCAGCUGAGCAGUCACUGAAAGGAUAUGAGGCUGCUUCAGCCACUGCAAACACAGAUCUUCCAUCAACACAUCCAAUCCGUCUUGGACUUGCACUCAACUUCUCUGUCUUUUAUUAUGAGAUCAUGAACUCUCCUGAAAGGGCCUGCCAUUUGGCUAAACAAGCUUUCGAUGAGGCAAUUGCAGAGUUGGACACCUUGAGUGAAGAGUCAUACAAGGACAGCACUUUGAUCAUGCAGUUGUUGAGAGACAACCUGACUCUCUGGACCUCCGAUUUGCCAGAGGAUGGAGGUGAGGAUAACAUAAAAACUGAAGAAGCCAAACCUGCUGAGCCUGAGCAGUGAGAAGGUUCCUUCCUGACUCGGUAGUCAGAUAUCAAAGUUACUCUAUAAAGAGGGCAAUUUUCAGCUUGUCUUGCAAUGGGUUUGGACCGGACAAAAUGGACUGCGGCCACAUCAUAAUUCUUGUGCUCUCUUAAUAUCCAACCAAAGCCAAAAGAACUGAGCCUGUCUUUUUCUUUUUCUUUUUCGUUUUUUUUUUCAAUCUUUUUCUUUCUAUUGCCUUGUCUAUUUUAAGUACAGUGGUCAG